CAGAAAGACCGCCCUGACGAGUUUUUUUUCCGGGUUGGGAUGAUGGCGUGUUGCUGAAAAACAUCGUUUUGGAGAUUUGGAUAUACUCCGUGUGUCGACUGGAACUUCUUCAAAUCAUAGGCAUCCCCAGCUUCAUCCAACAUGGCGUCGGUAGAGGAGGAUUUUCCUCGUGGAGGCAAAACAAAGAAGCCCACCGACAGUAAAGUCACAGCGGAGCGGAGUAAAGUGGACAAUCUGUUUCAGCAGUCAGAUGAACAAACGACAACAAAGAAAAAAAAAGGAGGCGCCAAGAAAGUCAAAAAGCAAAAGACAGAAGAGCAAGAAGGUGGCCUGACGCUUAACGCUGCUGCUAAAAGCGUGGAGAUUCUGCACAUCAAGAAUGUGAGAGAAGGGAUGCUGUUACUGGGCUGUGUGAAGGAGGUGGCUGACUUUGAGGUGACCGUCAGCCUCCCGUGUGGCCUGCAAGGCUUCCUCAGCAUCAGGAACAUCUGUGAUGCGUACACCAAGCUGCUGAGCAAGCAGCUGGACUCAGACGUUGAAAACGAGGAGUUCUGCUCUUUGUCCCAAAUCUUCUGGCCGGGAAUGCUGCUCCGAUGCGUGGUUUAUAAAAUGGACAUCACUAAAGGAGGCUCGCUCAGCAUUCAGCUGUCGGUCAAUCCGAAGCUGGUCAACAAGAGCCUCACCUCGAGCUCUCUGAUGGCUGGAAUGGUCCUGAGUGGGUGCGUGGAGAGUGUUGAAGAUCAUGGCACUAUAAUUGACAUUGGCGUGAGUGGAACAAAAGCCUUCCUGCCCGAGGAUGCUACAAAGAGCAAACAGCAUAAAAGUGAAGAGCUUAAAGUGGGUCAGUAUGUGACUUCUCGGGUAGAGGAAGUAAAGAACGACGGCCGCGUCGUCUGGCUCGCCGCCGCGGCUCGGGCCUCCGCUGACGCCAAACAGGGCUGGACUCUCACCAACCUCCUGCCAGGCCUCACGGUCAAAGCUACCGUUAAAAAGGUGACCAAACAUGGCCUGCACCUGGACUUCCUGUCCUCCUUCAGCGGCCAGGUGGAUUUUCUGCACAUGGAGCAGGAGUCCAGCUACAGAGAGGGGCUUCAGGUGCGAGCGUGCGUUCUGUACAUCGAGCCGACCACCCGCCUCGUCGGGCUGAGCCUGAGCAGCCACCUCCUGCAGCCCGUGUCUAACGUCGACUACGCUCCUCCCGGCGGGGACCGGACCGGAGAGGUGGUGAAGGAGUGCAAGAUGACCACGAUACACCACAUGUCGGGGGCCAUGUUGGAGCUGCCGGACAAAACCCCGGCCUUUGCGCAUAGGAACCAUCUGAAGGAGCUAAGCGAUCCGCCCAAUGAAAACAAGGUCUCUGCAAUGCCCGAGCACACCUGCAGGAUCCUGGACUUCAGCCCCAUGGAGCAAAUUUAUUUUGUUAGUUUACGAAAGAGCGUGAUUGAGCAGCGAUUUUAUAGAUAUCAGGAUAUUCACGCCGGCCAAGUUGUAGAGGGGACGGUGUCUGUCCUGCUGAGCCACGGGAUGGUGGUGCAUCUGUCGGAGCACGUCAAAGGUCUGGUGCCUCGGACGCACCUCUCCGACAUCCUCCUGAAAAACCCGGAGAAGAAGUACGUCGAGGGGAUGAAGGUCAAGUGUCGGGUGCUGUCAGUAGACGUGGACAACAGGAAGUUGUGUCUGACCCGGAAGAAGGCGCUGGUUGAGAGCACCCUGCCGCUGUUCCUCAGCUACAACGACGCCCGUCCCGGCCGGGUGUCCCACGGCUUCAUCGUGUCUAUCAAAAACUUCGGCUGCAUCGUCCGUUUCUAUGGCAACGUCAAAGGUCUGGUCCCGCUGGAGGAGCUCAGCUCUGAGCCCAUCGUCUGUCCGGAGGAUGUCUUCUAUAUUGGACAGGUGCUGAAGGCCAAAGUUCUUCAAUGUGACCCAGAGAAGGAGAAGCUGCUGCUGUCAUUUAAGGCGGCGGCAGAGGGAGAGACGGAGGAAUCUACCGAGCCUCCGAUUGACUGCGAGGUUGGAAAGAGGGUGGAAGCAAGGGUGGUGAAGAAAUCCAUCAACAGUCUGGAGGUCGUCAUCCUCCCAGACGAGGGCCACGCCGUCUUACCCACAGUGCAUCUCUCCGAUCACAUGUCCAACUGUCCGUUACUGUGGGAGGUUCUGCAGGAAGGAGACACCAUUUCAAACCUCAUUUGCUUUAACAAGAACAAGCAGAACCUCACGCUCACCAAGAAACCAAGGGUGAGAUCGUCACUGGAGGAAGGAGCGGUGGCCAAAGAUUUCUCUGAGAUUACCGUGGGGAUGCAGCUGGUUGGCUGCAUCAGGAACAUCAUGUCCUAUGGCGUCUUUGUGGAGUUCCCCUACGGUCUCGUUGGUCUUGCACCCAAAUCUGCCAUGUCGGAUAAGUUCAUCAGCGACACGACGACCGCCUUCAAGCUGGGCCAGACGGUCAUCGCCAAGGUGACCAACCUGGAUGAGGAAAAGCGGCGAUUCCUGGUCACCCUGAAGAUCUCUGAGGUCAUAACGCCUGCCGGGGAUGCCCGGGCCGCGCUCCUGAACGGCAUACAGGAGAGACGAACUGUGAAGGAAAUGCUGACUGUCAGAGAUGACGGAGAACUGCGGCAGCAGCUGGCUGCUCUGACCGUCGGCCAGAAGCUGAAGCUGAUGGUGGAUUCAGCGACACAGGACAGGGCCAAAUUUAAGUCUGACGACUUGCCCGGUGCUGACGUUAUCGCCAGUAAACGCCAUGUGGCGGGAGUUAGCCUGACCCCUGGGCAGAAAGUGAAUGUGGUCAUCCUUAAUGUCGACAUCCUGUCCACCUGUGUCCAUGUUUCCGUCCUCCCAAAGCUGCUGGGGAAGAAGAAGUCUCUGAAUAAAGGCUCAGACUGCUGUGCGGUGGUGCAGUUCGUCGACCAGGACUUUGCUGUCAUCUCGCUAAACGAUGCGGCGCAGCUGACUCUGCUCCACACCUGCAGCCACCUGAACGAGGUCGCCCUGUCCGAGGCAGAGAGACUCAAGGUGGGGAUGACUCUGUCGGUGGAAGUCGUAGAACCCAGCUGCGAGCAACUGGAAGGGCUCCCCCUGGUGUUGCGGAAGGGCAGCGCGCCGAAGCGGCAGCGUACGGCUUCGGAGAACCAGGCGGACUCUUCGGGACACCGCUUCGGCGAAGUCCUGCAGGGCAAAGUGAAGUCGGUGAAGCCCACCUACAUUCAGGUGGCGCUGGAGGACGGGAGCACGGGCAGCGUCCACGUAUCGCAGGUGGUGGAGCCAGCCGAGAUCAAGCUGGGGUCCUUCCCCACGUCCACUGUGAGAGUGGGCAGCGUGAUCAAAGCCAGGGUCAUCGGAGGACGAGAAGCCACCAGUCACAGAUUUCUUCCGUUUUCUCACCCCAAAUUCAAGUACACCAUUCCUGAACUCACACUUAUACCCAGCCGACUGGAUCCUGGUGUGGAUUUUAAACCAGUUACAGCAAAAGAUAAACUGGCCGUCUAUAAGCCCGGCGACGAAAUCACAUGUUUCGUAUCAAAGUUUAAAUCAGACAAGAAGUGCUUGGAAGUCACCUCUGACCCCUGCGUCACAGGGACCGUGGACCUGCUUUCCAUGAUCACAGAUCCUAAAGAUGCCAGCCACCCAGAAAAACUGUUCAAGCUGGGCCAGGCGGUUCGCGCUAAAGUGGUGGAAGCGAGCGUCCAGCCUCAUCGCUUUGUGCUGUCGCUCUCAGGGAUCCAUAAACUGGAGAAAGGCAGCAUUGCAUUGGGAAUGGUGACCAGUGUUCAGCCACAAGUCGGCCUCGUGGUCAAGCUCCCCUUUGGCGGCGCCGGAACGGUUUCUGUCACUGACGUCGCUGACACCUACAGGUCGAAGCCACUGGAGGCGUUCAGGAAGGAUCAGCUCAUCAGGUGUUACCUUCUAGAUGUGCAGAAUGGAAAGUGGCACCUGUCCCUACGUCCAUCACGGUUGAACCCAAAGAACACCAAGCCAGCGAAGGACCCAGAAGUCUUGUCUUUGGACCAUCUGCAGCUGGACCAGGUGGUCCGAGGUUAUGUCAAGAUUGUGAGUGAGCAGGGGGUCUUCAUCAGGCUGUCGCAUAACAUCACAGGAAGAGCUCAACUUCAACAGUCCUCCAAAUACUUCAUCAACAACCACAAGAUCCUCUCUAGUCACCUUCCGGUCAACACCCUCCUCACCACUAAAAUCCUCAGUGUGGACAGGGAGGACCAGUUGGUCGACCUCUCUCUUCUCCCCGCGGACACCGGAAAGCCAGACGUGCUUCCGGAAUCCCUCGGCCUCCCGCUGCGUCUCGUCGGAGACGCGGAGAAACGCGACUCAAAGAAGACAAAGAAACGUUUGCACGCCGAGAGCGAACAGAAACCAGCGGAGCCCCAGAUCCCGAAGAAGAAAAAAAAGAAAUCAAGCAAACCAAAAACUGAUGGUGAUGACAGCGGAGUGGAGGUCUACUUCAGAGAUGAGGGGGAGGAAGUAAAGUGUGAUUUUUCUCAGGUGUCUCCCAGCUCGGCGGGUCCGUCCAGGCUGCAGGUGGCAGCCGGCUUCUCCUGGGACGUGGGGCUGAGCUCCCUGAAGCCUGUGUUGGAGACAAAGGAUGGGAACUCCAGCGACGGAGAGGAGCAAGAUGGCAACGAAAAGCCCCAGAAGAAGACGCGCCACGAGCUCGAGCAGGAGAAGAAGUCAGCGGAGAAGGCCCUCCUGCAGCGGGAAGCAGAGCUGAUGGACCCGAGCCUGCGGCCCCAGGACGCAGCCGGCUUCGAGCGGCUGCUGCUCGCCUCGCCCAGCAGCUCGCUGCUCUGGCUCCAGUACAUGGCCCACCACCUGCAGGCCACGCAGAUCGAGCAGGCCCGGGCUGUGGCCGAGAGGGCCCUCAAAACCAUCUCCUUCAGGGAGGAGCAGGAGAAGCUGAACGUGUGGGUGGCCCUGCUGAACCUGGAGAACAUGUACGGAACCCAGGAGAGUCUGAAAAAAGUGUUUGAGCGAGCCGUGCAGUUCUGUGAGCCCAUGCCCGUGUACCAGCAGCUGGCCGACAUCUACGCCAACUCCAACAAAAUCAAGGAGGCAGAGGGUCUGUAUAAGACCAUGGUGAAACGUUUCCGGCAGAACAAAGCAGUGUGGUUAAGCUACGGGACCUUCCUGCUCCAGCAGGGCCAAAGUGAUGCUGCCAGCUCUCUCCUGCAGAGGGCGCUGAAGAGUCUGCCCCCCAAAGAGAGUGUGGAUGUAAUCACCAAGUUCGCUCAGAUGGAGUUCCGCUUCGGCGACGCUGAGAGAGGUCGCAACAUGUUCGACAAAGUCCUGACGAACUAUCCGAAGCGCACGGACCUCUGGUCCGUUUUCAUCGACCUCAUGGUCAAACACGGAUCGCAGAAGGAAGUGAGGGCCGUCUUCGAUCGGACGAUCCACCUCAGCGUUUCCGUGAAGAAGAUCAAGUUCUUCUUCAAGCGCUACCUGGAGUAUGAGAAGAAGCACGGCACCCCUCAGAGCGUCCAGGCGGUCAAAGAGAAGGCCAUGUUGUUCGUGGAAGCAAAAGGCAAAGACGCUGCAAACUGAAAGCGCAAAAAUACAUCACCGGACCCAAACAGAGUCCCUGAAAACCAUCAGUCUUUGUUUGAACUCUUGUAAUGUUGCUGACUGAGUGUCGAAGCUUGAUCCUGGGUCCAUGCAAUGUAAUGCUCUAUAAAUGUUAAAAACAAGCAGCUGUUUUUAACCUUUUUUUAACCUAUUGUGUAAAAUAAACACUGCAUAAUGAUAA